AUGAAGAAAGUUCAAAGGAGCGAAAGUGCCUUGGGGGAAAUAUUUCCUGAAUCAGGAAAAGUCUCGGUUCGAAUAUCCAAGUUGUUUGAAGAGUACAUUCAGCUAUUUGAUGAACCAGAGAAAGCAAAACACUCAGAAGCGAAAGCAGUAGACAAGAAAAUCGACAAUCUCAAAAAGAUCAUAGAUGAAGCUGCCAAAGAAAUGGAAAGUGAACCUCCUAAACCGACAGUUGGUCAAUCCUCCAAUGACUCUCCAAACAACGACUCAAUGUUCAAGGGGGAGACUUCAUUAGCACCAAAGACAACCGAAAUGUCUUUUGAGGGGGAGAAUCCUAUUCUAUCCCCAACUCAUAAAGGUCCAAGCGAGGGGGAGCAUACAACACCAAACCCACCAAAUAAUAGUCAAAUCGAGGGGGAGAUUCCGACUCCCACAGAGGAUGAAAACUCUGAUCCUGACACAAGUUAUACUUCGCUAGUCGAGGGGGAGAAAGAGAAUAAAAAUGACGAAGAUGAUCAAUCAGAACUUGAAGAGGAAGUAAAUGUAGAGUUGGAUCCAGCCUAUGACCCAAAUUAUCCUCCUUUAGUGAAAUGGACCAAGGAUCAUCCCAAAACACAAAUCAUUGGUGAAUCAUCUGAGAAAAUUCCGGUAAUGAAGGAUGCCAUAGUCGCUUCUGUGGCUACGUUUCACACCAAGAAGAUCAUUAUUUAUGAUCCUACAAAGUUCCCUCACAAUGAAUCUAUACCUGAGACAGUGUAUAGCUAUGUCUCAGCCGAGAGUAAGGUCUUGGCUGAAUAUCGCAAGAUUCCUCCCAAGAAACUGAGAGUCUUAUCUUCUGAUCAACAGGCUACCUUGGAUGCUAUGGAGAAGCCUGGAAAUCAAGGAAAAAGGGCUACUACCAUGAAAGGGACAACCGAGGAUGAUAAGUCUAAGUCAAGGAAGCGAAAGUAUGAGAAAGGGGAUUCUUCUAAUCCAAAGAAGAUUAAGAAGAUGGCGAAGAAAUCCAAGAGUCCCUCUCCUUCUAGAUCAGAAAAUGAUGAGGAGGAUGAAGAAGAGGAAAUUCAUCAUGUAUCACCGAGAGGUAACAUUCCUCCCCGAUCCCCCACUCCAACCGAAUCUCUUCAUGUCAAACUUCCAACACCACCUCCAUCACCAAAACGGACAGUUCUUAUUUUAGUUGCUCCUGCUCCCCCACCUACCACAUCUCAAACAACAACUUCUAUUCCACCACCACCACCCGUUACUACCAUUCCCAUUUCUACAACUCCAAUCCCUCCUCAUAUUAUUUCCCAAUCAACUUCCACUACUAUUCCAGAACCGACAGUAGGAGUCAACCCUGACAAACUGCUUCAUGCCAACAAGUCCUACAUUGUUGUUGUGCUCAAAGCUUUCUUGGAUACCGCUCUAGAGCAAUACACAGAGUCGAUUGAGAAAUCCACAAAGGCUGCUAACGAGUCUACUUCUUCUUGCAAGAAGGCCACUACUGAUGUUGUAGAAAUUGUUCACAGUACUCAGAUCUUUCUUGAGUCACUCAAAGGGCAUGUUGAGACCAGUACAACCAAGGUGAAUGCCUCUGUGGAUUCCUUAUCCAAAUCCCUUCAAGCGGAGAAAACAAUGUUUGAGGCUGUUCGUUCUUCCAUACAAGCAGAGAACACUUCACUUAUCAGUUCUGUAAAUUCUCGGCUUGAAUCUCUUCACGCUGAUUUAGCAAAGGAGAGCCAAGCCUCCAUAAUUGAAGUACAGAAGGUGCAGCUUGCUCAAGCUGAAAAGGAAAUUUCCUUAUUGAAGACGGAGAGGGCUGUCUUUCGUAGCUGUGUUGAGGAUGUCAAGGAUAUGCUAACCAGUAUCCUUGGUGCUCAUGAUCCUAUCCUUACUUUGACUAUAAGGAAUCAUCUCACUUCAAAAAUUCUUCCUGCCCUUGCAUUGUUACACGAGAUGAAGGGUGUUUCGGAGAGACUCAUAUCUCCAAAACAAGGGGGAGAAGGUUCUCAACUGAAGGUUAUUGUGAAAACCGAAACUGAAUCACCCCAACCGAAAGUCAAAGUUACAACCGAACCGAAGGGUAAUGAAGCUUCGAGUUCUGGUUCUCAAGAUAAAAAGAAGGGGAUUGAUGAUGAUAGUGAUGACGAAGAAGAAGACACUAUUGCUGAGGCUCUUAAGAGAAAGAAGAACAGAGAGUUGGAUGAAACCUUGAAAAUUGCAAGGGAGGCUGAGGAAUGGGAAAGGAGGAAUAAGGAAGAAAAAGAAGCCUUAAACUACAAGAAGGCCUUGUUUCCCCUUUGGACAAAAGAAACACUUAUCAAUGAGGCAAUAGAGUUUCCAAGCAUCUACUAG